UUUAGUGGUCAGCUGAUAUGACAGUAGCAGGGACUCUGCGUGACACCACCGCGUGCGUUUGUAACUUUAAUCGAGAAGCCUUGUUUUGUUUGUGGCUGUUGCUAAAACUCUUUACUGCCGACUUCAUACACGCCAUAAAACUAGCAAAACAGUGAAAGACCGCAGAGGAAGUAACGUUACCAGGACUAUUUGCUGAAAAUAACCUAAUUUUUCAUUCAAAGGCCACCUCAAGAGGUGCAGUGUGUAGAUGAAUUACGAGCAGCCUCCUGCUUACAUGGGGCCUGGUCCUGCUCCAGGAUACCCACCUCAGGGAUACCCACCACAGGGCUACCCACAACAGGGCUACCCAAACUACCCUCCUGGACCCUCCGGCCCCUAUCCAGCCCAGCCAGGAUACCAGGGAUACCCACAACCACAACCAGGACCUCCUACUAACACUGUGUUUGUUGUGGAGCAGAACAGGCGGGAUCAUCAUCAUCAUUCUGAAGAGAAGGCUUGUCUAGCCACAUGUUGGGCAGCUUUGUGUUGCUGUUGUCUUUGUGAGAUGUGCUUUUGAGUACUGAAAGUUAAUGAACCAAAAGCAAUGUUUGUCUUAAGCACCUCUUUAUAUUCCUUCAAUGCGAGAAAAGACUUCCUACACGCAUUGAUCUUUUUGCAUUGACUCAUUAAACAGUGAUGUUGUUGUUGUUGUUGUUUUAUUUGUUGUUUAACAGUUAUGCAAAUGUCAUCUUUAUUAAUGAAUGCAAAAACUGAAUGUCUGGUUGGGUCAAGAAUAGAUUUGAUAAUCAAAGUGACUUCCAAUCUGUGAAUGUUUGGUCUGUCUUAAUGCAAGGAAUUUUUCUAAUAAUAAAAACAAUGGAAAUAA